GCAGGCUUGGCCGCGCUGUCCAGCCCGGCGUCUCACAGCUUCGUGCCCGGAACCGCGAAGAAGAUGCCUGCCGGCUCCGAGCUCCGGCUGCGAGGCUGAGCGCCUGCCUUCCAGCGGCGGCGGGCAGCGGCGCUUGGCGUGCGCGGGGCGCCCCGGAGCCACCCCAGAACGCGGCAGGAGGACACGGAGCGGCGGCCGAGCACCCAUUGCCCGCACCUAUAGAGGUGGUUUGGGAGAGAGAGCUGCAGGCGGGUCGGCCCGGAUGGGCGCUGGGUUCGCGGCCCCCGCCGGGCGCUGCCGAGCGGCCCGGACACCGGGGGCCCGCUGAGCGCUGAAGCCGCGUCUGCGGAGAGAACGUGUGCGGGCGGCCAUGCCCCGGCUCGGAGCCUAGUGCCGAGUGGAGCCUCCUCCGGGCUGUCCGCGCCUGCACCCGCUCGGGACCUCGCAGUCCCCGCGCCCGUGGUUCGCUACGCGCUCCAGACAAGAUGGCGCGGCCGGUCCGGGGAGCGCUCGGGGCCCCGCGUCGCUCGCCUUGCCUUCUCCUCCUGUGGCGGCUGCUGCUGCUGCUGGAACCCGCGACCGCCACGGCCGACCCGCGCGCACCCUGUGCGGCCGCCUGCACUUGCACUGGGGACUCGCUGGACUGCGGCGGGCGCGGGCUGGCGGCGCUUCCCGGGGACCUGCCCUCCUGGACGCGGAGCCUAAACCUGAGUUCCAAUAAGCUCUCUGAGAUCGACCCUGCUGUUUUUGAGGACUUGCUGAACCUGCGGGAAGUGUACCUAAACAAUAAUGAAUUGACCGCUGUACCAUCGCUGGGAGCCGCUUCGUCGCGUGUCACCUCUCUCUUUCUGCAACACAAUAGGAUUCGCAGCGUGCAGGGGCAACAGCUGAAGGCAUACCUUUCCUUGGAAGUGUUAGACCUGAGUUCCAAUAACAUCACGGAGGUGCGCAGCACCUGCUUUCCACCCGGACUGCGCAUCAGGGAGCUCAACCUGGCCAGCAACCGGAUUGGCACUCUGGAGUCAGGAGCCUUUGAUGGUCUGUCACGGUCACUGCUGACCCUUCGCUUAAGCAAAAACAGAAUCACGCAACUUCCUGUGAAAGCAUUCAAGUUACCCAGGCUGACACAACUGGACCUCAAUCGGAACCGGAUUCGGCUUAUCGAGGGCCUCACCUUCCAAGGGCUCGACAGCCUGGAGGUGCUGAAACUGCAGCGCAACAACAUCAGCAAGCUGACGGAUGGGGCAUUCUGGGGUCUGUCCAAGAUGCACGUGCUGCACCUGGAGUACAACAGUCUGGUGGAAGUGAACAGCGGAUCCCUGUACGGCCUCACAGCCCUGCACCAGCUCCAUCUCAGCAACAACUCCAUCUCUCGGAUUCAUCGGGAUGGCUGGAGCUUCUGCCAGAAGCUGCAUGAACUGAUUCUGUCCUUCAACAAUCUCACACGGCUGGAUGAAGAGAGCCUGGCCGAGCUGAGCAGUUUGAGCAUCCUGCGCCUCAGCCACAACGCCAUCAGCCACAUCGCCGAGGGCGCCUUCAAGGGACUCAAGAACCUACGCGUUCUGGAUCUGGACCACAAUGAGAUCUCAGGCACGAUAGAGGACACGAGCGGCGCCUUUGUGGGGCUGGACCAUCUCAGCAGGCUGACUCUAUUUGGAAACAAGAUCAAGUCCGUGGCUAAGAAAGCGUUCUCAGGGCUGGAAGGCCUGGAGCACCUAAACCUGGGAGACAACGCCAUCAGGUCUGUCCAGCUGGAUGCCUUUGCGAAGAUGAAGAAUCUCAAAGAGCUCCACAUCAGCAGUGAGAGCUUCCUGUGUGACUGCCAGCUGAAGUGGCUGCCUCCGUGGAUCAUGAGCAGGACGCUGCAGGCCUCAGUCUCCGCCACCUGUGCCCAUCCGGAGUCCCUGAAGGGCCAGAGCAUCUUCGCAGUGCCACUGGAGAGUUUCGUGUGCGAUGACUUCCCAAAGCCACAGAUCAUCACCCAACCAGAGACCACCAUGGCCGUGGUGGGCAAAGACAUCCGGUUCACGUGCUCAGCUGCCAGCAGCAGCAGCUCGCCAAUGACCUUUGCGUGGAAGAAGGACAAUGAGGUUUUGGCCAAUGCGGACAUGGAGAACUUCGCCCACGUGCGCGCACAGGAUGGGGAGGUGAUGGAGUACACCACCAUCCUGCACCUCCGCCACGUCACCUUUGGGCAUGAGGGCCGCUACCAGUGUGUCAUUACCAACCACUUCGGCUCCACCUACUCGCACAAGGCCAGGCUCACUGUGAAUGUGUUUCCAUCAUUCACCAAAAUGCCCUAUGACAUCGCCAUCCGUACUGGCACCAUGGCCCGCCUUGAAUGUGCUGCCACUGGCCACCCUAACCCGCAGAUAGCCUGGCAGAAGGACGGGGGCACCGACUUCCCUGCAGCUCGCGAGCGACGCAUGCAUGUCAUGCCCGACGAUGAUGUGUUUUUCAUCACCGACGUGAAAAUAGAUGACAUGGGGGUUUACAGCUGUACUGCCCAGAACUUGGCUGGCUCCAUCUCUGCUAACGCCACGCUCACUGUCCUAGAGACUCCAUCCUUGGCAGUGCCCUUGGAAGACCGUGUGGUAUCUGUGGGAGAAACAGUGGCCUUCCAGUGUAAAGCCACCGGGAGCCCCCCACCCCGCAUCACCUGGCUCAAGGGAGACCAGCCGCUGAGCCUGACCGAGCGCCACCACUUCACCCCGGGCAACCAGCUGCUGGUCGUGCAGAAUGUGGUGGCUGAGGAUGCGGGCCGCUACACCUGCGAGAUGUCCAAUGCGCUGGGCACGGAGCGCGCACACAGCCAGCUGAGCAUCCUGCCCACCCCUGGCUGCAGGAAAGACGGGACCACUGUGGGCAUCUUCACCAUCGCUGUGGUGUGCAGCAUCGUGCUGACGUCACUGGUCUGGGUGUGCAUCAUCUACCAAACGAGGAAGAAGAGCGAGGAGUACAGCGUCACCAACACAGACGAAACCAUCGUGCCACCAGAUGUCCCAAGCUACCUCUCUUCUCAGGGGACCCUUUCAGACCGGCAGGAAACUCUGGUCAGAACCGAGGGUGGCCACCAGGCCAACGGACACAUCGAAAGCAAUGGUGUCUGUCCGGGAGAUCCGGGCCUCUUCCGUGAGGUGGACGUUCACGGCGUGGCGUGCAGGCAGCCCAGGCUCUGUGCUGUGCACAGUAAAGAACCGUGGAAGACGCUGGAAAAAGCAGAUGGACCUCCCGGCCUGCCUCCACAGGACCACGGUGGAGCGGUCAUGUGCAGUGACCGCAGCUCUGCGGGGGACAGUUGUUCCAAGGACCAGGCCUUGCAGUGUCAGCCUGUGGCCAGGGACGCUACGCAGCCAAGUACACUGAGCAGCCCGGAGCCCAGCCACAGUGACCGAGAACACUCUCCACAUCCUCCGGGUGGUGGGACUGCUGAUGGAUCCCACAUCAACUGCAGGGGGUCCUUGUACCCCAGCAACCAUGACAGAAUGCCCACAACCACACAGCAGCCAGCGGCACCUCUGGCCGGGAAAGGUAACCUUUGUACUGCAAGCAGCCGCUAGCCUGGGUGCGAGGCAGCCGCGCGGCUGGAGGCUCUGACCUGCCUCUCCUCUCGCCUAGAGGAUCUUUCUGGGA